AUGGGCCGCUGGACGCAGUAUGAUGAGGACGAAUACCGCUUGCCCGAGGGCAUGAAGCGGGUUGGAUACGACUCUGACACGAGCAAAUAUUAUUACCGAGAUGCAGAUGGAACGCUCUGGGAGGGCCCAGCAGGCGCAGAGUACGGAGAGCUCACGCAAGUCUCCAAUGCGCCAAUUGCGCUAGAUGAUGACGGCCAUGCCAGUGACGAAGACUUGGAGGCAGCUCCAACUCGUACAGACGGCUACAAGCCGCUCGCGAGCGAUUCUCCCAAUUUCAUGUACAGUGGUAACAGGCACGCAUACCGCAUGCUCUUCCCGUUCCUCCUCCUCGUCGCGGUCGCGUUGCUCCUCGUAAUCCGUCUCGUAUUCUACCACACGGGCUCUGACCCGUCCCCUCCCGGCGCCGCGCUCUGUCCUGACGGGAGCGAACCGGUCACGGUGAAUGCGGGAGACACCUGUUGGAAGCUGUCGCAGGCACGCAACAGCACGCUCGAGGAGUUCCUCAAUCUCAACCCUACCGUGGACUGUAACAGUCUCAUGCCUGGACAAACCAUUUGCUUACCCACAUCCCUGAACGUAGACUAG